AUGACGGAUGGCGCAGAGGAAAACAGGAACCCACGCCAGAACCCACCACAUACCCAAAACCUCAAAGCUCUGGAGAAGCUCCGCCAGGCGACCGCCGCCCCCGGCAACCUUGAGACUGACCGCCGUUUGCCUUUUCUGGCCGCCAGUUGCGAGAAGGCAACCGUGAAACAAGUAGCCAAUCAGAGGCCGAAACUAUACUUCUCCGCUCAUAUCGGAAAAUAA